AUGGACACUAGCACAUUCCACUUCUUUCCCCGACUACCUUUUGAGUUGCGCGAGCAAAUCUGGCAAGAUGCCUGCUUGCAGCUGGGACCGAGCGAGAGGCUCAGGAACAUUCACUAUAUGUAUAUGGACGAAAAUAGAAACAUCUGGCCUCGGGACUACGAUUUGAGGACUGAUGACCCAAGCAACAGAUCUGGCUACACGUGGCAUUCUUAUAUAUGGCAUGUAGGGCUAUGGACAGCUUGCAGGGAGUCUCAUUAUGCUGUAAGAGAUUUCGAAGAUCUUUACUUCAGGUUGCCACGCCCGCGGCGUUGCAUGAGGGUAAUUUCCGCCCAACACAGCGAUUCUUUGCCCCGGAGCCAAGUUAUAGACCUUACUCAGGACAUAUGCUUCAUCACCACCGAUUCAUGGGAGUCUCUUCUGAGACCCUGGAGACCCAUAUAUGUUCAGACCGAGGAUGCUCGAGGUCGAAGGCGAUUGAGGAAACCUCAGAACAUUGGUGUCAAGUUUGACCCAUCUUGGGAAGAAGAACUGGAGAAUGCCUGCUUCGCCACUGUUCUCCGUGACUUCUCUCCCCCACUCGCUUUUAUGAUCAGACUACUUUUUGAGGUUGCGCGCGAAGUCUUUCGUGGCCGAUCGAAGGUUAUGCUGAUCGACGAUGAAUCUGAAUGGCAAUCAUUCGACACUGAAGGACAUGGUGGAUGUAGGGUCUUCGAUUCCGGCCAGGAGUACGUGGAACUGGGAUAUGUUCUGGGCUUUAGUACGCAUAUUCCACAUCCGGACAGUCCUAUGGAAGGCUUCACCAAUGAUCUCAGUUACUUGUUCAUGAGGAAAUUAAAUGAUGCUUCCGACUGGCAUCUUAGGACUCACGUCCUCGAUACUGACUAUUUGAUAUCAGUUCUGAGACGAGACAAACAAGUACCAAUGAUCCGUCAGUAG